UGGUCAUUAUUCAUUAAACACUAAAAAGAGCCCUAAUUCCUCAAGAAGAAACAAAACAAAACAAAAAAAAAGAAGACAAUAAAUUCAUAAUUAAGAAAGAAACGAGACUGUUAUUUCUUCACGGUCAAACACAGAGCAGCAGCAGCAGCAGCAGAUCGCUCCGGCCAGUCAUUAAUCAUCAUCAUCAUCAGGAGGAGGAUCGGAUGUCCUUCUUGAAGCAUAUUUGCGUUGAUAUCGAGAGACAAUUUUCGGUCUUAAUCUCAUUUAGCGUUUCAUCCUUUGCAGGUCUCACUUCCGUGCAGCAGAGCCAAAACCCUAUUGUAACAAAGAUGGAGCAAGUCUUCACUUACACAGCUUGCCGACAGUUGUCUCAGAUGUUUGUGGCGAUGAUCUUUUUUCAUGUUUCCGAAUACAUUUUAGCAGCCAGCAUUCAUGGGAAAACAAAUGUUACUCUAAAAUCUCUUCUGAUCAACAAAAACUACCUUGUUGCGAUGAUCUUUUCCUUGCUGGAGUACUUUGUUGAAAUCGUUUUGUUCCCUGGCCUGAAGGAGCACUGGUGGGUCAGCAACUCAGGCCUUGCAAUGGUUAUAAUAGGGGAAAUCAUUCGGAAGAUGGCAAUAAUUACAGCUGGUCGUUCAUUCACACAUCUCAUAAGGACUCGUCCCUCUGAGCAUCACCAGUUGGUUACGAAUGGAAUUUAUCGAGUUGUUCGUCAUCCAGGUUACUGUGGUUUCUUCAUCUGGUCAGUGGGCACUCAGAUAAUGCUUUGUAAUCCCAUAUCAACAAUUGCAUUUGCACUCGUAGUUUGGCGCUUCUUUCAACAAAGAAUUCCUUAUGAAGAGUUCUACUUGAGGCAGUUUUUUGGGUCACAGUAUGAGGAAUAUGGGAGGCGGGUUCCUUCUGGGGUGCCUUUUGUGAAGUGAAGAUUAUUUAAGCAUUGCUGUGGGCACAGUUAAAUUGCUCUUGUUAGACAUCUACCUGCAUCAAGAAUUAGAAUAGUGAUCUGAUAUCCUACUGCGGCUUUUAGUCCUUGUUUGUAGCAUUAUACUUUACAUAUGACUUGACUGGUUAAAGGUGUUUGUGUUAAGGCGAGUCUGUUGUUGUGGCUCAUAGUUGCUGAAACUGAAAGAUUCAUGAGACAAAUCAUAAUACCAAUUGGUCCAAUUUGUAUACAUUAAA